AUGGCGACGGCAAACAAGGCCCUAACUGGAGGGUCGCAGCAGGGCUACUACUCCCGCCGCCGCCAUGAUUCCCCCCGCGGACUCUCUGCUCAAGUAUGACACCCCGGUGUUGGUGAGCCGGAACAAGGAGAAACGGAGCCCCAAAGCUCGGCCACUGAAAGUCAGCCCUCAGCAGCCCGGACCCUCAGGUCCCGUCCCACAGCCACCAAAGACCAAGCUCCCCUCAACUUCCGGUGUCCCAGAUCCUACAAAGCAGGCAGAAGAAAUCUUGAAUGCCAUCCUGCCCCCGAGGGAGUGGGUGGAGGACACGCAGCUAUGGAUCCAGCAGGUGUCCAGCGCCCCCAGCACCAGGAUGGAUGUGGUACACCUCCAGGAGCAGCUGGACCUGAAGCUGCAGCAGCGGCAGGCCCGGGAGACUGGCAUCUGCCCGGUGCGCCGGGAGCUGUACUCGCAGUGUUUCGAUGAACUGAUCCGUGAGGUUACCAUCAGCUGUGCGGAGCGAGGGCUGCUGCUGCUGCGAGUCCGGGACGAGAUCCGCAUGACCAUUGCUGCCUACCAGACCCUGUAUGAGAGCAGCGUGGCAUUUGGCAUGAGGAAGGCGCUGCAGGCCGAGCAGGGGAAGUCAGACAUGGAGAAGAAAAUUGCAGAAUUAGAAACGGAAAAGCGAGAUUUGGAGAGGCAAGUGAACGAGCAGAAGGCAAAAUGUGAGGCCAUCGAGAAGCGGGAGAGUGAGAGGAGACAGGUGGAGGAGACGAAGCACAAAGAAGAGAUUCAGUUCCUGAAGCGGACUAAUCAGCAGCUGAAGGCCCAACUGGAAGGCAUUAUUGCACCAAAGAAGUGAUAAUUUCCAUAUGGGUCUCAGCAAGCACUACUACCCCAUCAUAAGCCCUUUGUAAUAAAAAGCUUCCUGAGUGAAGCCAUACCCCUCCCCUGGUCCCACCUACGUAUUCGUCAGAAGCCCCACCACCGCCCCAGUGUGGUGCGACACCUACGGUCUGGCAGCCAGGCUCCGGGCUGGACGACAGAAGGCAGUGUGGCCCAGGAAGUCUCUGUACGUGGCCAACCUUGGGAUUUGCCAACUCCAACGGUGAGACUCAGAAUUCACCCCUUUGGCUGUAUCCCUCUCAGGUGGAGCAGCUCCUUUCUCACUGUCACUCCAUACUGUCACUUAUUUCCAGCCACACGAAGCUGCUUCUCUGCCCCGCAAUUCAUCUUGUCCCUUAACCCGGGCUCCUCUGGCCUCAGUCUUGCCCUUAUUUGAUGUCUUUUCAUCAUCCCUACUCCAGUGCAGUUCUACUACCUCAUUUUGGAGUUUUCAGUUUAUACCGUAUCAUCUUAUCCCCGCCUGCCAAGUCACUGGACCCCAUCCUCCUUAGUUUUGGACUGCCUGGGUAGGAGGCAAUGGCAGGG